ACAUGAUUUCCUCACAAUUCUGUUACCGCAUGCAAGCAGUAUCUCUUCUUUCAAAAUCACAUUCAAUCAACAAUGGCGCAGCAGGAACCAAUUAAGUGUGGGGGAUGGAGUCAACCUCCCCGGAAGGCCGAUGCCGAAGUUCAGAAAAUCUGCGACCAAGUCAAGAAGGCUGUUGAGGACCGUAUCAACUCACCAGAACUUACCAUGUUCACAGCUCUGGACUACAUCACGCAGGUAGUCGCAGGAGUGAACUACCGCAUCAGGGUUCAGAUCAACAAUGUUUGUGUAAUUCGCAUCCAAGUGUUUCAGGCGCCCUUGUUGAGCGGCAAGCAAGCUCCACCUGAGCUGACUGAUGUUGCUAACGACGGACCUCUCAAUGACAAGCCCUUCUAGAAAUAUAUUUUCUACCACAACACACUGAAUUCUCUCUGAUUUUUCCACAGCUUUCCAUAUACAGUGUACCAAUCUCCGUCAAAUAUUUGAACGAUCAUGUAAUGCAUGAAAAAAUGUUUCGGUUUGUGUGGUGGUGCUAUUGUGUUUACUUGAUGAACAGUGCUCAGAACUGCUGCGGAAUUAAUUUUCACCUAAGA